UCUUUUUCGAAGUUGAUCCUGGCUUGCAGAACGGGCUGUUCUUGCCUCAAACUCCUGCCAUGGCUGCAGCAGUGUGGACUGGUCGAGUAUCAAGGGCUGUGACUGUUGUGAGGACAGUGACGAGAUCAAGAUCCAGUCACACCGCUCUAAAAUCCCAGUAUGAUGCACUGGUCAUCGGAGGAGGACACAAUGGACUGGUGGCAGCUGCCUAUCUUCAGAAGGGAGGGCUGAAGACAGCGGUGCUGGAGCGCAGACAUAUACUGGGAGGAGCAGCUGUUUCAGAAGAAAUCUUUCCUGGUUUCCACUUCUCCAGAUGUUCCUAUUUGCUUAGUUUAUUACGGCCGCAUAUAUCCAAAGAUUUGGAGCUCAAGAAACAUGGGCUGAAGGUGUAUAUGAGGAACCCCCAUGCUUUCACCCCCAUGUUGGAGGAGGGGGUGGGCGGCGCCCCACCAAGGUCUCUGACCCUGGGCUCAGAUCUGGCCAUGAAUCAGAUGGAGAUCAGCAAGUUCUCCAAGAAGGACGCUCAGGCUUUUCAAGAUUACAAUGCACACCUUGAGAAGCUAGCAGGAGCUAUUCACCCUCUUCUGGAUGCUCCUCCUGUGGACAUCCCAGGUCUUACCUCCGGAUCAACCAUGAAGAGGCUGGCUGCAGCUAAAACACUGAUGCCUAUUGUCAAAUGUGGUUUGAAACUGGGCAGAAACAUUCCAGACUUUUAUGAGAUCAUAACUGCACCAAUAAUGAAGAUCCUCAAUAGGUGGUUUGAGUCGGAGCCCCUGAGAGCAACGCUGGCUACUGAUGCUGUGAUAGGAGCCAUGACCAGUCCAAGUAAUCCCGGUAGUGGGUAUGUGCUCCUGCAUCAUGUGAUGGGGGAGUUGGAGAAGGAGAAGGGAUCAUGGGGUUAUGUGGAAGGAGGCAUGGGAGGCGUGUCUGAGGCUAUCGCUCGCUCUGCUCGAUCCUAUGGUGUUGACAUUUUCACUGAAAAGGAGGUAGAACAGGUCCUGGUUGGUUCAGAUGGUGCUGCCAAGGGAGUGGUGCUAAAGGACGGCACAGAGAUCCACAGUAAAGUCGUUUUAUCAAAUGCUACCCCACAUGUUACCUUCAAGAACCUCACUCCUCAGGCUGCUCUUUCUGCAGAGUUCAUCAAAGCCGUGAACCAGAUAGACUAUACCUCACCUGUGACAAAGAUCAAUGUGGCAGUGGACAAGCUUCCAAACUUCCUAGCAUCUCCCACACCCGAUGAUAAACCAGGACCCCACCAUCAGUGCUCAAUUCAUCUCAACUGUGAAAGCGUAGAUCUCCUGGAAACUGCAUACAAAGAGGCCAUGAAUGGACGUCCCUCAGCAAGACCCAUGCUGGAAAUGACCAUCCCCUCUGUUUUGGAUCCUACUCUGGCUCCCCCUGGCUGCCACGUGGUGUCACUGUUCACCCAAUACACCCCCUACCACAUAGAGGGCAGGGAGUGGACUAACCAGGACAGAGAGGCCUAUGCAGACACUGCAUUUGACUGGGUGGAGCAAUACGCUCCUGGGUUUAAGAAGUCGGUAGUGGGCAGGGACAUCCUGGCUCCACCUGACCUGGAGAGGAUCUUUGGGCUCACUGGAGGGAAUAUCUUCCAUGGAUCAAUGUCGCUGGACCAGCUCUACCUAGCGCGACCUUUGCCCUUUCUCUCAGACUACAGGACACCAAUAAAAGGGCUGUAUCUGUGUGGCAGUGGCUGUCAUCCAGGUGGUGGUGUGAUGGGUUCUCCCGGCUGGAAUGCAGCUUUAACUGUCAUGGGUGACGUGAAAAGUCACUGAAACAUGAGACAGCAUCAGUGUGUGGUCCAGUCACAAGGGCUCAACCUCUCUUUUGUCUUAAUUGUGUGAAUUUGACUGAUCUGAGAAAUGAAUUUCACUCACUCAAACUAUCAAUCUGAUCAGCUGUCUCUCCAUCAUGCUAUGUUUGUAAGGGUAAGAGAAACGGGGCUAAAGGGUUGAAUGAAAGAGGGUUUCAGGCCCUUUAUAGGACGUCCAUGUCAAAAGCCCACCAGUCAAUCACUCCUGACUUUAAACACUAGUGCAAUACUGCUGCAAUAAAUCAUGUUGCAACACCACUUGUGAUUUCAUCUAACUGAGUCAGCAGAAGAUCACUUAUACCAACAUAGUAAUAAUGUUGUAUGUAUACUAAUGCAUUUUUAGUAUAACUGUCACUUGUCUUAUUUAAAUGCAAUGGGACUUUUAACAACUUUGUAUGAAUACAUUUAAAUAAAUUCAAACUAAUGUCUUUAGUUUUCUUUAAACUAUGUAUAUGGGUUAAUGGUGUGUUGUAUGUAGGAUUUCAGGGUAGAAAUCUAACAGGCCCUCUCCACAACUGAUAUUUUGUCUUGGUAGGUGACACAGGUGCUAUAAAUAAAAUGAACAAUGACUCUAUUCAAAUGUCCCAGUAAGUUUCGGGACCUUGAAUCUGAAGAAGCUACAUUGAAUCCUGCAAUCAUUAACUUUAUUGUUUACACCUAUGCUUUUCCUACUAUGACAUGUCAAAAUAUCUUUGUUUAAAAGACCUUCUCCACACAUUAAAC